GCCCCCAAAUUUGGUGCUGCAUCGCGCGUCCACAGCUCCCCCCCCCCCUCAUGCGCCCACGAGAACCACAUUCUCACCCCUACCUCUGCUCCACAUGCUUCCUCGAUCACCUAUUCGUGCCAUCCAUUAGCGAAGAUCUACAGUCUUGCUUCACGCCGCUUCUCUGAGUACCGAAUUGUGGCUUGUUGUCAGGGUGCCUUUUCUAACUUACACAUCUUGGGUAGAGAUAGCCGAAGCAACCACCCGCACCUUGGCGACAUAAGUCUUGACACUCUAGCAUCCAAGAUAAUCUCUGGCGACUUAAUUUGGUGGUGCGGAAGAGGGAUAGAGAAAAGGCUAUAUAUAUGGAGCAAUUGGGAUGAUCUUUAGUAUGACGAUGAGUGCUCUACAAGAUCUGACUGUCUCAACGGAUGCUUGUGCAAUAUUUCUACGGUUAGAUUGUAUCAGUGGGCUAUAGUAUGCUUAUUAUGGAUUCUGAGGAAGCUGGUUCAAAGAAGGAAAGGAAUGAGGAAUAUUCCAUAAACUGUCUCCCAAGAGAGCUCAUCGAGCGGAUAUUUUUUCGGCUUCCGGUGAGCACUUUAUUGGUGUGUAUUGGAGUUUGUACGCGCUGGAAAAACUUGAUCCGGGAUCCCAAUUUUGUCACAUCACACCUGAAGCAUGCAUCCCAUUAUUCCCUCAUAUUCUUCCAACAAGAUUAUGUUGCAGGAAAACAUUACCCGAGUGAUGCUAUUCUAAUUGAUAAAGCUUGGUCACAAUCAACAUAUGCAGUGCCAACCAUUGACCCUGAUGAUUUCCUCUGUGGUUCAUGUAAUGGGAUUAUUUGCUUAUACACAAAGACAUCAACAAUCAAGAUAGCUAACCUUGCAACUGGCGAAUGUCUGCAUCUUGAGAAACCUAUAAAGAAUUUGAGUGGCGACCAAUUCUUGUUCUAUAGUUUUGGGUUUCACCCUUUGACAAGAGAAUACAAAAUUACACACUUGGGUGACUAUGUUGAGGGCCGUCCCGAGAAUGGAGACAAAUUCACCAUCAUUCAAGUUUACAGGCUUGGUGAUGAGAAAUGGAAAGACAUCAGAACCCCAGAAGCCUUAAGCUUGAGUUGCGUCAAAAACUCUGGACUAAUCAAUGUUGGCGGAACAAUGUAUUGGUUAACUAAUGAUAUGGCAACUAACUGGAAGCAUGUUGUUAUGUGCUUUGAUCUCGGCGAAGAAGCUUUUGCACGGAUAGAACUGCCAACAUCCGUACUUGAAAAUAGUGUUUAUGGUGGUCCCCGUAGGUACAGGAUCAGAGAGAUAGAUGGGAAAAUAUGUAUAGCAACCGCUCAAACCUGGCACAAAGUUAUUUAUGGUAAGCUGCAGAUCUGGACACUUGACAACAAGGUCGAGCAAAGUUGGAGCCAGAAGUACAAUAUGUUGGGGAACGUAGUGAUUUCAAAAAAUUAUUGA